CUGCAGUAGCUGUGCAAGGACCAUCAAUAAUGUUAGGCUCCACAGCUGCAAUAGCAGUGCAAGGACUAUUUGGGCUCCGCAGCUGUAAUAACAGUGCAAGGACCCUAUAUAGUGUAUAUAGGCUCUGCAGCUACAGUAGUAAUACAGAGACCUUUAUAGUAUCAGUUGGUUCUCUGACUGCAAGCACAGUGCAAGAGCCAUUACGAGGUGAUCUGGAUCUAGUGACUACCACGGCAGU